AUGAGUUCCGAAGAAUCCAAAAAACUUGACGACGAUGACGACGACCAGGAAUUGGUCACUUUCAAAGAUUUGGGUGUGACUGACGUAUUGUGUGAAACUUGCGAAACAUUAAAAUGGAAAACUCCUACAAAAAUACAAAAAGAAGCUAUUCCAGUAGCUUUGCAGGGCAAAGACAUUAUCGGACUGGCCGAGACUGGGUCUGGAAAAACAGGCGCCUUUGCCAUUCCUAUUUUGCAAGCACUAUUAGAAAACCCUCAAAGAUAUUUUGCUCUCAUUUUAACACCAACGAGAGAACUUGCCUUCCAAAUAUCUGAGCAAAUAGAAGCCCUAGGAUCGAGUAUUGGUGUUAAAUGUGCCGUUAUUGUUGGUGGCAUGGAUAUGAUGGCUCAAUCAUUGAUGUUGGCCAAAAAACCACAUAUUAUUAUAGCAACGCCUGGUCGUCUAGUAGAUCAUCUCGAAAACACCAAAGGAUUUAGCUUACGAAAUUUAAAAGUGCUUGUUAUGGAUGAAGCUGAUCGAAUUUUAAACAUGGAUUUCGAAGAAGAAGUUGACAAAAUUUUAAAAGUCAUUCCUCGAGAAAGGCGCACAUUUUUAUUUUCUGCUACAAUGACUAAAAAAGUACAAAAGCUGCAUCGGGCAUCUUUGGUUGAUCCUGUGAGGGUAGAAGUGUCUACAAAAUUCCAAACAGUUGAACAGCUGCAACAAUAUUACAUUUUCAUUCCUGUAAAAUACAAAGACGUAUAUUUAGUACACAUAUUAAAUGAAAUGGCUGGCAAUUCGUUUAUGGUAUUUAUGGCCACUUGCAAUGGAACUGUUCGUGUAGCUCUUUUGCUCAGAAAUUUGGGUUUGGACGCCAUACCAUUGCAUGGUCAGAUGACACAAAAUAAGCGACUGGCCUCGCUGAAUAAAUUUAAAUCAAAAUCUAGAUCAAUACUUAUAUCAACUGAUGUUUCCAGUAGAGGUUUGGAUAUUCCACAUGUUGAUGUUGUAAUCAAUUUUGACAUGCCUACUCACAGUAAAGAUUACAUUCACAGAGUUGGACGAACUGCCAGAGCUGGAAGAUCAGGAAAAGCUAUUACACUUGUGACUCAGUACGACAUUGAAUUGUAUCAAAGGAUAGAACAACUUAUUAGCAAAAAGUUGCCAUUAUAUCAAGUUGAGGACGAUGAAGUAAUGUGUCUACAAGAACGUGUGUCCGAAGCUCAAAGACUGGCCAAAAUGAAUAUGAAAGAUAUGGGAGAUAAAAAAGGUAAGAGAGACCUUGACGAUGAUGAAGAAGGCGCAAUGGGAGUGAGGAAGAAGAAUAUUGGUAGAAAUAAAUCUAAUAAAUCCAAAAAGUUUAAAAAAAAGUAA